AGUAGGAUAGAUUAUGUAAGAGUAUAAGAAGGUAAAUAUAUAAAAUCAAAUCAAUCUCGUCUCUAGUUUGACCCAUCCUUAGUCAAACGAGAGAUUUCUCACACCGAUCGGAUGGCGUCGGCUCGUAGAUUUUUGAGAACCCUAAUUCGUUUCGGACGUCAAUAAAUAAAUAAAAACAGUAAAUGUAUAGGUCAAAAUAAUAAUUUUAAAAAAUCGUGUGGAGCCUACUCUAGCGAGGUGAGGCAGAGUCAUCGUUUUCACUUUUCAUGGAGUAUGGAAGUUCCGUCCGACAACGAGAGAGUCUAUAAAUAUCUUCUUUCUUCUUCCUCCACCACUAAACGCCCUUCAAAUUUUGAGAACAAAUCCUCUUUCAAUUCCGCAAAUCAAGAUGCUCUUCUUCAAAUCUUUAUCCCGAGCAGUGCACCAAGAAUCCCAGUCCCCGGAGGAGCUCAAGGAAACCGGCGCCGUUUCCGGCUCACCUGUCUCACUGACGGUGUGGAGGAAGUCACUCCUACUUACAUGCAACGGCUUCACAGUGAUCGAUCGUAACGGAAACAUCGUAUACAGAGUCGACAAUUACACCGGACGACCAGAGGAAAUGAUUCUGAUGGACGGCCUCGGAAAAUCCGUCCUCACAAUGUGCCGCUCCAAGAAGCUAGGAUUAGGGGAAAACUGGUGCGUAUACGAAGGGGAAGUAGAAGGAAAAACAAGGGGAAGAAAGAACAAACCGAUAUGUCGAGUGAAGAAGAACAUAAACAUACUACAUGUGGAUCCGAACGCGAAAGUACUAGCGUAUGUAUACGAUUACAGAAUCUCGAAGAAAAAGUACGCGUAUAGUGUGGAAGGUUCAUACGGGGAGCGAUCGUGCAAGGUAUUGGAUGCUGCGUCGAGGAGGGUGGUGGCGGAGGUGAAGAGGAAGGAGGCGGUGAAGGGUGGAGUUGGUUUUGGGGCGGAGGUAUUUCUUCUGGUGAUUGUUCCUGGUUUUGAUUCAGGAUUAGCGAUGGCUUUGGUUUUGCUUUUGGAUCAAAUGUUCUCUUAGAAUUUGAAUUUCGUGUUCGUCUUGUUCUUGAUCAAUUGGUGUUCCUUCUCCAUAAUUUGUCGAAAGGGAUUUUUAAUUAUUUUUUUUUUCAUAAAAUCCUUUUCUUUUAAGAUAUUUGAGUGUACAUAAAUUGGUUUGUUGUAGAACGCAGGAGACGUAAUAACAUUUGCUUUUGUGUGUGUCCAAAAA